AUGCCCCAGAGAGACAGCGUUCCUUGGAAUGUUAUGAUCACUGCAUAUGCCCAACGAGGGCAUGUAAACGAAGCAAAGUGCUUUUUUGACAGUGUAGAAGUUCCAAACGUUAUCACGUGGAAUUGCACGAUCGGAGCGUAUGGGCAAAAUGGACACUUAGACGAUGCUUUGGCAUUGUUUAGACGCUGUUUACAGCCAAACAUAGUGACCUGGAACGUUCUUAUCGUGUCGUUUGCCCAGAAUCUACAUUGUGCUGAGUCCAUUCAUCUCUUUGACGUCUUGAAUCUGGAAGGAUUCAAGCCAGACGAGCUGAGUUUCAUGGGCCUUUUGAUUGCUUGCUGCCACCUUGGGCUGGUAAUUGCUGCUAGAGAUACCUUGGCUUCAAUGGUUUUUGACUACGAUAUAAGCCCUGAGCGAGAUCACUACUGCUGCUUGAUCGGUGUUCUUGCGGGAGCUGGGCUCUUGGAUGAUGCUGAGGAUCUCAUCAACACAAUGCCAUUUGUUCCAGAUGUUUCCAACUGGGGAUGCUUCGUGAGUGCCUGUAAGAUCCACUCUGUUGGAGUGGAUAGGAGUGUUGGUGCUGCUUGCAAUGCCAUCGCGAUGGAUCCUAAAAACUCAGCGCCAUACGACAAUUUUUACUGA